GGUACAAUUGUAUGGCAGGAAGGCAACACAGCUGAUUGUCAAAGAUAGAUACUUCGCGUGGUUGCGGUUUUUGCAUAAAGCAAUGUUCCUGUCGAAGCAUUCCGUGCGGGUCUUAAGGCCUCUCUACCCGCUUUUUGUAAAGGAAGGGCAAACCCGCGAAAUUAAAAGAUGGGUCGCCCCAGUGCUCAAGGAGGUGAAUAAGCGGAAGAAAAAGAUGGGACCAGAACCGGAGAGGCCGCGAUCUUCAUUUAUCGAAUGGAAUUACAAUGCGGAAUUGUUCGCAUUCAACAAACGAUUGAAAGAGGACAUGGAUUUGGCGAAACUUCAACAAGCAUUCGUUCACAGAUCGUAUAUUAUCCAAGAAGAGCAGAAGCAAAGAGCAGUAGGUGUGCAAGAACCUAAUAUUGGAUUGAAUGGUAACCGCACACUGAUUCAGAAUGGCGAAACAAUUAUCAAUGGGUACACAGAAGGAUUUCUCAAGUUUUUCCUUCCCAAAAUGCCAGCGUCAUUAGUUGCAUCCGUGCAAAAACAACUUACUUCAGAUCAGGCCCUUGCAUAUCUCGCUGAGAAUCUUGGGAUGGGUGACUUAGUUUUGAGUUCGGAGUUCCCAUUACAGGAAGGAACGCUUGCUGAUACAUUUAAAGCCGUUGUUGGAUCACUACUUUCAUCUUCUGGCGAGGAAAAAGCAUACACAUUUGUCCGUGAUUUUGUCUGUACUCAAUUAAAUCAGAAAGACUUAGCUGAAUGGAUUGAGAUUGAGAAACCUUUCGAACAAUUGAAAGAGGUUUGCAACGGAAUAAAUAUUGGUGAACCGGAACCGCGACUGAUUGGCGAAUCAGCUAAAAAUACAGUACUGGCAGCAUACAACGUUGGAAUUUAUAGCGACAAGAAGCUGAUUGGAAGCGGUUUUGGAGAAAGCAUAGCCACAGCUAUCGACGUUGCCGCGUAUAAUGCACUGCGUGAAUUGUGGGGCUUCCCUGAGAAUAUGAAACCGUUUGAUUUCAACAUUCAAAUUGAAAAAGUUUCAAAAAUGAAAGUAGUGAAUCCAAGUUGAGUUAGAAGCAUUUGUUGAAAAUAAAGUUAGUUAUAAUCAUUAAAUUGUUUUUUAUCUACAA